AUGGGUCUGAGAUAUUCGCAAUGUCUGGACCCGGACAAUGUUGACAGUGAAUAUAAUGACCAGGUGCUUCUGAGUAGACAAUCGUAUUGUCCCCAUCCAUGCUAUGAUCACCACGGCUCUUCAGAAGAGGAGGAGGAUUGUGAAACCGAGCCCCGUCAAUGUCUGACGCAUUUGUCUUCAUCCAACAUGAUUAUCAGCGAUGAAUACACCGGGAAAACCGGGGACGCUUUGCUUAUUUACAACGUUGUGAACGUCCUUUUCGGAGAGCCGGAGGUCCGGGAAAUGACAUCUGGUAUGUACACGGUUUGUGACAUUAAAUGUCACCAAUGUCACAAAUUGUUGGGUUGGAAGUAUCUUAAAAGUCAUCAAACCUCGCAGAAGUUCAAAGAACAAAGAUACAUUUUGGAAAUCAAUAAUAUGAAGGUUGUCGCAUAG